CCUUGGGGUUGCGUUGGCUGGUUACAUUGUAACGCAGGGGUUGCUGACUGCGGGGGCGCGGGAGCUGCAGCUGCUGUUUCAGCUGGAUACAGUGUUGUAAUACGAGGGGUACCAAGGCAAGAGCCUGGGGGCGGCUGCAGAAGGACCAAGUGGAGUGUGUUCUGUACCAUCACAGCUCUGUGUGUAGAGAAUUUAAUUAUUCUCCAAAGGAACGGGAACGUUAUAAGUAUGGAUCAAUAUGAUGAGAACCAUGAUUACAUGCACCAGGAGGAUGACUGGGAUAGGGAUAUGCUGCUCGACCCCGCCUGGGAGAAGCAGCAACGGAAGACGUUCACAGCAUGGUGCAAUUCACAUCUCCGGAAAGCGGGCACACAGAUUGAGAGUAUUGAAGAUGAUUUCCGUGAUGGCCUUAAGCUGAUGCUGCUACUGGAAGUGAUUUCUGGUGAACGGUUACCUAAGCCAGAACGAGGGAAAAUGAGGGUACACAAAAUCUCCAAUGUAAAUAAAGCUCUGGAGUUUAUAGCCAGUAAAGGAGUUAAACUGGUUUCCAUUGGAGCUGAAGAAAUCGUCGAUGGGAAUGCAAAAAUGACGCUGGGUAUGAUCUGGACCAUCAUUCUUCGCUUUGCUAUUCAGGAUAUUUCAGUUGAAGAGACAUCUGCUAAAGAAGGGUUGCUACUGUGGUGUCAGAGAAAGACUGCACCCUACAAGAAUGUCAACAUUCAGAAUUUCCAUAUCAGCUGGAAGGAUGGCCUUGGUUUCUGUGCCCUAAUUCACAGGCAUCGUCCUGAGCUUAUUGAUUAUGGCAAAUUACGGAAGGAUGACCCCUUGACCAAUCUGAACACUGCUUUUGAUGUUGCGGAGAAAUACUUAGACAUUCCAAAGAUGUUGGAUGCUGAGGAUAUCAUAAGCACCUUAAGGCCGGAUGAGAAGGCUGUAAUGACCUAUGUUUCAUGUUACUACCACGCCUUCUCAGGUGCGCAGAAGGCGGAGACUGCAGCCAAUCGCAUCUGCAAGGUUUUGGCAGUAAACCAGGAAAAUGAACAGCUUAUGGAAGACUAUGAGAAGCUGGCCAGUGAUCUGCUUGAAUGGAUUCGCCGUACUAUUCCCUGGCUGGAGAACCGCACACCAGAGAACACCAUGCAAGCCAUGCAGCAGAAAUUGGAAGACUUCCGUGAUUAUCGGCGCUUGCAUAAACCACCAAAGGUCCAGGAGAAGUGCCAGUUAGAGAUCAACUUCAACACGCUGCAGACAAAGCUACGGCUCAGCAAUAGACCUGCCUUUAUGCCCUCCGAGGGCAAAAUGGUCUCGGAUAUCAACAAUGCUUGGGGAACACUGGAACAUGCUGAAAAAGGUUAUGAGGAGUGGAUGCUGAAUGAAAUUGGUAGGCUAGAGAGGCUGGACCAUCUAGCAGAGAAGUUCCGUCAAAAGGCUUGCAUCCAUGAGGCCUGGACCGAUGGCAAGGAGGAGAUGUUGAAACAGAAGGACUAUGAGACAGCUACUCUGUCUGAAAUCAAAGCUUUAUUAAAGAAACAUGAAGCGUUUGAAAGUGAUCUGGCCGCUCACCAGGACCGUGUCGAGCAAAUAGCUGCAAUUGCACAGGAACUGAAUGAGCUGGAUUAUUAUGACUCUCCGAGCGUGAAUGCCCAGUGCCAGAAGAUCUGCGACCAGUGGGAUAACUUGGGUGCAUUAACGCAAACACGCAAAGAAGCUUUGGAGCGGACUGAGAAGCUACUCGAAACUAUUGACCAACUCUAUCUCGAGUAUGCGAAGAGAGCAGCACCGUUUAACAACUGGAUGGAGGGUGCCAUGGAAGACCUGCAGGACACAUUCAUUGUUCACACCAUCGAGGAAAUCCAGGGUCUGACCACAGCUCAUGAACAGUUCAAGGCCACAUUGCCAGAAGCUGACAAGGAGCGACAAGCUAUUCUUGGCAUCCACAAUGAAGUCACAAAAAUUGUUCAGACCUACCAUGUCAACAUGGCAGGCAGCAACCCUUACACAACAAUCACACCAGUAGAAAUCAACAACAAGUGGGACAAGGUCAGACAGUUAGUGCCUCAGAGAGACAAUGCAUUGAUGGAGGAACAUGCCCGACAACAGCACAAUGAAAAACUGCGCAAACAGUUUGCAGCACAAGCAAAUGUUGUUGGGCCCUGGAUUCAGACUAAGAUGCAGGAAAUUGGUCGUAUAUCCAUAGAGAUGCAUGGUACAUUGGAAGACCAGUUAAACCACCUACGCCAGUAUGAGAAGAACAUUGUCAAUUACAAACCAAAGAUUGAUCAACUGGAGGGAGACCACCAGCAGAUCCAAGAGGCUCUCAUCUUUGACAAUAAGCACACAUUGUAUACUAUGGAGCACAUACGAGUUGGCUGGGAACAACUCCUCACCACCAUUGCCAGGACCAUCAAUGAGAUAGAGAAUCAAAUUCUGACUCGUGACGCCAAAGGUAUUAGCCAGGAGCAGAUGAACGAAUUCCGCUCAUCGUUCAAUCACUUCGACAGAGACCAUUCCGGCACACUUGGCCCAGAAGAAUUCAAAGCCUGUCUCAUCAGCUUGGGCUACGAUAUUGGAAACGACCCUCAGAAGAAGACUGGUAUGAUGGAUGUUGACGAUUUUCGAGCCUGCCUUAUCUCCAUGGGUUACAACAUGGGUGAAUCAGAAUUUGCUCGUAUUAUGAGCAUUGUUGAUCCAAACCACCUGGGUGUGGUAACAUUCCAAGCCUUCAUCGAUUUCAUGUCACGAGAAACAGCAGACACAGACACAGCUGACCAAGUCAUGGCUUCCUUCAAGAUCCUGGCAGGUGAUAAGAAUUAUAUCACUGCUGAGGAACUUCGCCGGGAGUUACCGCCAGACCAAGCAGAAUACUGCAUUGUUAGAAUGGCACCAUACACUGGACCUGAUGCUGUGCCUGGUGCCCUAGAUUAUAUGUCCUUUUCUACGGCACUGUAUGGUGAAAGUGACCUUUAACAUACUGAAUGCAUAAACUGCACCUUAGCACCGUGUCUUUUUGUAUACAGUCUGGCGUCUGCUCACCUCUUCUGCUCCCCAUUCCACCGUGGCUUCUGACUAAAGACAUUGCAGAAAACUUUAUAUAUAUAUACAUAAAAAUACUGCAGCUAUGCUGAAUUUGCAAAAUUACAGAAAUAUUUUUCUUCAGAAAAAAAUAUUAUAGAAAAAGAGGGUAUUUUUCUCCUCAAAUUUGAGAACAAAAUAAUUUAAAAUAUACACAGCAUAAUUUUGGCAUGAUAGUAAUGGAAGUGUUGCCAUUUUUAUAUUUUAUUGCAUUCCACAGAAUUCUGUGUUUAAGCAUUUGUCAACAUUUGUUUUAAAUUAUAUGUGACCUUUUACUUUCCCCGUUAAUGCACGUCCAUUUGCAAAACCCACUCAAGUGCUGCUCAUGGUAUCUCACUGUUUGGAAAGCGAUACGGCGAUGGAACAUUGGAUGCUUCUUUUUUUUUUUUUUUUUUUUUUUUUUUUUUUAAGGUUUGUUUGAAGCCUUUAUGUUUUCAUAUUUAAAUAAACAAUAUGCCUUCUAUGA